AUGCCAUCAAGCUAAUCAACUUAGGUGUCACUUUUCUUCUGUUCAAUAGAAUAAUUUAAUUUGGAAAAUUCGAGCAGAAAAGACAGCCGUGUCCCUUAGGGUGGAGCUACGCCGUAAACGACGUCGCUUCAAAGAAAAAACGAUUUAAAACGAGUCGUCUCGUCGUAGCGGUCAAAGGCUGCAGUCUCUUUCUUCCCGAACAGUCAAUGCCCCGCCUCGCCCUGCCCUGCCCUGCCGUGCCAGUGCUCAUCCAGCCACUAUUUCAGUCAUCUUCGUCUUCAUCCGACGCCACCUCUAACCCACUCAGAGCAAAACCCUAGCUAACCCCACCAUGAAGAAGAGCUUCUUCAAUCUCACUCUCGCUGCGUUACCCGUUUUCUUCCUCUUCCUGUUUGCUGCUUCCGCGGCCACAGAAGACGAUGUGAAGUGCCUAGAAGGCGUGAAGAAGGCCCUCAAUGGCCCUGAAGGCAGCGUUCUCUCAUGGAAUUUCACCAACACCUCGGCCGCCGUCAUCUGCAAGCUUAACGGCUUGUCCUGCUUUAACGGUGAAGAAAUCCGCCUCUUCAGCCUCCAGCUCCCCUCCCGGAGCCUCGCUGGACGCUUGCCAGACUCUCUUCAGUAUUGCAGGAGCCUUCAGACCCUCGAUUUCUCCGGCAACCAGCUCUCCGGUUCCAUCCCGCCUCAGAUUUGUACCUGGUUGCCCUAUUUGGUUCGCCUGGAUCUGUCAGGUAACGAUCUCUCCGGUCCGAUUCCGCCCGAGCUUGUGUAUUGCCAGUAUCUCAAUGAUUUGAUUCUGGGAAACAAUCGGUUGUCUGGUCCGAUACCGUACGAGCUCAGUCAACUUGAUCGCCUGAAGUACUUCUCUGUUGAGCACAACGAUCUCUCGGGUUCGGUCCCUAUCGCUCUGGCCAAAUUUGAUGCCGCUGGAUUUCGUGAAAACAGGGGUCUCUGUGGUAAGCCCCUCGCAUCCAGGUGCCAUCGUUUGAGCGGCAAAAGUCUUGCCAUUAUCAUAGCUGCCGGAGUUUUCGGGGCAUUGGGUUCACUACUCUCUUCUUUUGCAAUAUGGUGGUGGUUCUUGGGGAGCUCUAGUCGGAGGAAAGGGCGUGGCCUUGGUAAUGGCAAUGACGAUGUUUAUAGCAGUUGGGUCGAGCAGUUGUGGUCGCACAAGAAGAUCAAGUUGACGGAUCUAAUGGCGGCGACUGAUUAUUUCAGUACCAAAAGCAUUCUCAAUUCCAAUAGAACGGGAGUUUCGUAUAAGGCUGUUUUGCGGGAUGGGUCGGUGCUGGCAAUCAAACGGUUGAGCAAUUGCCGGCUCGGCGAAAAGCAUUUCCGAUCAGAGAUGAACAGGUUAGGACAGCUUAGGCACCCCAAUUUGGUGCCUCUUUUAGGGUUUUGUGGAGAUGAGGAUGAUAAGCUUUUAGUGUACAAGCACAUGCCCAAUGGAACAUUGUAUUCUGUUUUACAUGGAGGAGGUGCUGAUAAAAGUAAUACUUGUAAUGAGUCUUAUGACUCUUGUCCAUUGGAUUGGCGGACGAGGCUUCAGAUUGGUUUUGGUGCUGCCAGGGGGCUUGCCUGGCUUCACCAUGGUUGCCAGCCACCAUUUGUACAGCAAAACAUUAGCUCGACUGUGAUUCUUCUUGAUGAUGACCUUGAUGCUCGGAUAACCGAUUUUGGGUUAGCAAAGCUCAUGGGUUUCGCUGCCUGCAGUGGUGGGUCUGUUAUUGAUGAGGAUUUUGGGGAGUAUGGUUAUGUGGCUCCCGAAUACACAACCACUAUGGUGGCAUCACUGGAAGGGGAUGUCUAUGGUUUUGGGGUUGUGCUUCUGGAGUUGGUGACAGGGCAGAAGCCUCUUGAGGUGAGUAAUGCAGAGGAAGGGUUUAAAGGGAACCUUGUGGAUUGGGUCAGCGAGCUCUCUGGCUGUGGUAGGAGUAGAGAUGCCAUAGACAAGGCCUUAUGUGGGAAAGGUUAUGAUGAAGAAAUUUUGCAGGUAUUGAAGCUUGCUUGCAAUUGUGUGGUUUCUUGGCCUAAAGACAGGCCUUCCAUGGACCGGGUUUACGAGUCGUUGAAGAGUAUGGCUGAGAAACACGGUUUCUUGGAACAGUAUGAUGAAUUACCGUUGCAUUGUGGCAUACAUGAUCUUGACUACAAGGAGUAACUUUGGGGAAGAGGAGAAAGGAAAAUAGACAGCAGAGGAUUGCAUUAUUUGUACAUAUAUGCAGCUCAGCUCAUGCUAUUUUGUGGUAGGGCUUACCACUAAGAGGGUAUGGUUUCCACUUCAGCAAGUUUUCCUCUGCCAAUGCUGAUUUGCUGGGUUAUUGUGAAUAAUUCAAGGAGCCUUUAUGCAACGUAGCUUUCUGUAUGUUAUCAAAGCCCCCGUCUGAAUUCAUUUGUCAGCAGCAUCCAAUUUCCCUAUUGUUAUUAACGUUGUUCCUCUGCUGAAAGUUUUAUCAAUAUAUAAAAUCUUCUGUUCUUAUC